UGAAGGUGUAAAUUAUCAAAAAGCAGCUGUGAAUGAAAAUAGCAGAAGUAUUCUCUGUGGGUUUUACUAAACCCUCAGUGAAAGCUCUUUGCCACAUUUCAGUCUGUUUGUCACCUCCUGGGCUGGGGAGUCCUUUCAGGGGAUAUGCUGAAGUGCUGGCAGGACUCACUGACUAAGCAAAAAGGGCUCUGUAAGACCUUGAAUCAGUACUUUAAAUUUGUUCUAAGACAUCUUGAUCUUUUCUUCACACUUGAAUCUUAUUUUAACCCCCCUUAUCUUACUUACUCCAGUGAUUACCAGUUUAACUGCCCUAUUUUUAAAUCUGGGUUAUUAAUUAAAAGUGAUUCCUCCUUGGAGCUCAGCUGUUCCUCAAGUCUGCGAUUGCACUUGAAUAGAAAAUUUUUGUGUGCUUUGUUACCACCAAGAGCCAAAGCAAUACUGUGCAGUCCUGAAUGUCCCUGCCAGGAGCAAAGAACUGACAGCGGGGACAAAAAUCUUUGAGCUGUGCAAGAGUCCAACUGCCCAGAGCUGGCUUUUAUCACAUGCUGGGACAAGGAUCACGUGCAGAGGCGGGGAGUCAGCCCUGCAGAGCCCAGGUGGCACCGUGGUGUUGGCUCUGGGAGCUUUGCCCCGAUGGCAUCCGUGAGCCAGCAGCAGAUCCAGAAGUUCCACAAGGAUGGCUUCCUUGUCCUGGAGCAGUUUUUCAGCGCAGAGGAGUGUGACAGCAUGAGGAGGCAGAUCCAGAGGAUCGUGGCGGAGAUGGAGGUGCCGCCGCACUGCCGCACCGCCUUCUCCACCAGGCAGGAGGAGCAGCUCCGGCAGCAGGGUAGCUCGGAUUAUUUCCUAACCAGUGGAGACAAGAUUAGAUUCUUCUUUGAGAAAGGUGUUUUGGAUGAGCAAGGUAACUUUCUAAUUCCAAAGGAGAAGUCUGUCAGCAAGAUUGGCCAUGCUCUACAUGCUUAUGAUCCUGUCUUCAAGCAAAUCACCCACUCCCCCAAGGUGCAGGAACUGGGAAGAAAACUAGGCCUUGAGAGACCAGUAGUUGUGCAGAGCAUGUAUAUCUUCAAGCAACCUGGCAUUGGUGGUGAAGUGACACCACACCAAGAUGCCAGUUUCCUGCACACAGAGCCCCUGGGCAGGAUCCUGGGGUUCUGGAUUGCCCUGGAAGAUGCCACACAGGAGAAUGGCUGUUUGUGGUUCAUCCCUGGCUCUCACACCAAUGGGAUUACCAGGAGGAUGGUCCGUGCACCUCAAGGUGCCUCAACCUGUGUGGAGUUUGUGGGCUCAGAGCCAGCCUACGAUGACAAGCAGUUCAUUCCUCUGCCCAUAAGUAAAGGGGGACUCAUCCUGAUCCAUGGCGAGGUUGUCCAUAAGAGUGAACUCAACAGCUCGGAGUCUUCGCGCCACGUGUUCACCUUCCACGUGAUGGAAGCCAAAGGCACCACCUGGAGCAAGGAGAACUGGCUCCAGCCAACUCCUGAACUGCCUUUUCCAUCGCUCUACACUUGAAGUUAGUGACUGGCUUGUGGAGUCAAUAGCUGAUCAAUAUUCCGUUCUGAUUGUUCAUUCAGUCUCUUUAAAAACAACCUUCACUAGAUCAGCUCUCAAUGUUAAUUUAUCCUCCUUGAAACCAGGACUAUUAUCACAGCCCAGAACUGCAGAAGCUUCUACUGCAGCAGGAGCCCUGCAGUAUGAGAGUAGUCACCCAGUCCUUUUGGGAAGGGAACACCUUCAGUCUUGAAAACAAACCAGUUAAGACCAUUGCACCUUGACUGGGACCACUUACCAAGUAUUUCUCUUUGCAGUAAUACUCAGUAUUUUCUUGUGUUUGAGAGCUUAAGUGCAUUUCUUGGCUGGUUGACUCCAACAAUGCAGAUGAACAUGUUGUAGGGAGAAGUUUGAUUUCCAUCCCUAGUUUUCUGUCUUAUUGUUGGAAUAACAGUGAUUUAAAACAAUCUUCUUGUGGGUGAAAUGAAGCAAGAGUUCUGCUUUUUAUAGCCAGUCUUCUAAAUACUCCUGGCAGACAGUAGCUGAGUGUUUUAUCUCUGAGUGUGAUUAAAAAUACAACAAUUUUUAAAGAUUCAUGUUGAAAUGAUGGAGACAAAGAACCUCAAUCAAACUCUUUACAGUUAAAUAAAAAAAAACAGAAAUCCUU